AUUGAAUCAUUGAAACCUCAAGACCCUACAACAUGACCGCUGGAAAGCCCAUCACCUGCCGUGCUGCUGUCGCCUGGGAAGCCGGCAAGCCCUUGACACUCGAAACUGUUGAAGUUGCCCCACCCAAGGCUGGGGAAGUUCGUAUCAAGAUUGUUGCUACCGGAGUUUGCCACACAGAUGCCUAUACCCUCUCAGGAUCUGAUCCCGAGGGGCUCUUCCCUGUCAUUUUUGGGCAUGAGGGAGGUGGAAUCGUUGAGUCGGUCGGCGAGGGGGUGACCAGUGUCCAGCCUGGCGAUCAUGUCAUCCCUCUAUACACUGCUGAGUGCCGUGAGUGCAAGUUCUGCAAGAGCGGCAAGACUAAUCUCUGCGGAAAAGUCCGCGAGACCCAGGGCCGUGGAUUGAUGCCUGACGGUACCUCCCGCUUCACCUGCAACGGAAAGCAGAUCUUCCACUAUAUGGGCUGCUCUACUUUCAGCGAGUACACUGUCGUCUGCGAAGUCUCUGUGGCUAAGAUUACCAAGGAGGCGCCUUUGGAAAAGGUUUGCCUGCUGGGCUGCGGAAUUACCACCGGAUACGGUGCUGCCACUCGCACCGCCAAGGUCGGCAAGGGGGAUAGUGUCGCUGUCUUUGGGUUGGGUGGUGUUGGCCUUAGUGUUUUGCAGGGUGCCAAGCAGGCUGGUGCCACCACCAUCAUUGGAAUCGAUGUCAACCCCAAGAAGGAAAAGCUGGCUAGAGAGAUGGGAUGCACCGAGUUCAUCAACUCGAAGGAGCUGCCCGAGGGAAAGACCAUCCAGCAGUAUUUGGUCGAGAUCACGGACGGUGGUUUGGACUAUACCUUUGACUGCACUGGAAACGUCAAUGUCAUGAGGGCCGCUUUGGAAGCUUGCCACAAGGGUUGGGGCGAGUCCAUUAUUAUCGGAGUUGCCGCCUCUGGCCAGGAGAUUCAGACACGUCCCUUCCAGUUGGUUACCGGACGCGUCUGGAGAGGAUCUGCCUUUGGUGGUGUCAAGGGACGCACGGAGUUGCCCGGCCUUGUCCAGGACUAUCUCACUGGAAAGAUCAAGAUUGACGAGUUCAUCACCCACAACUUUAGUUUAGAGGACAUCAACAAGGCCUUUGAUGCUAUGAGGGACGGCGACUGCAUUCGCGCCGUCAUCAACUACUAGGCUAAUGUAUACACCAUUACAUAAAUACGCAAGUGCUUGCGGAGUCCCUUCCUCCCAAUAAAUAUGGCCAUUCUUUUUGUGUCAGCUUUUUUGUAU